AUGACCGUGGGAAGAAUAGACCAUGACUCGCUUCUGGCAGGCGAAAAUCUGAUGCACGAAACUCUUCAGACAUACGUUGAUGGCAAGAUCCACCCGUUGAUCAAGACCCGUGUCUGGCCUCACAUUGUAGUCUGUGGCCAUUAUGACCGAAACGGCCCCAAUGUACAUAUUUCGCCCACUGAGAAACGAGAAAAACGUUUCAACUGGCAUCGACCAACAGCAGUGAUCAUCGACGACUCGACUCUGGAGGUUAGGUGUUUUCCGGGGCGAGACUACGUCCUGCAUUACGCCCUCCUAGUCGCUUAUUAUCUCAACCUAAACUCGAUUAAUGCGCCUACAUCAGUGAUACAAUAUCGACUCCCUUCUUCGGAAGAUUGCCUGGAUCUUCUCUCGAAAUCGAAUUUACGGUUUAUGUGUCCUGUUGAUACUGUCAUCCUAGGGUAUGUUGAUCAACUGGUCACCAAUCAUGAUUACCCCUGGGAGACAGGGACACAUGAGCCGAAUCAGUUAUUUGCGUGGAAGCACUUCCGUCGAGCUGACGGGAGUAUCAUCGCUUUUGUCGGAAGCAUGAUGAGCCUCUGGGGUGAUAUCAUCGGAAAUGUUGUUCGCACAAUGCAAGACCAGAACAAUAUAUCCAGCGUUCUAUAUGUGGGAAAGGCUGGUUCAUUACGAACACAAGAUAUUCCAAACCAGGCCCUCGUUACUGGUGAAACAAGUCUCCUCAACAACAAAACUCUCUCUUGGAAAAGUCCACUCACGGCCACCCUAUCAGCAGGGCAUAUGGCCCACAUUUGCCAGGGGAUUCAUGUUACCGUUCCAAGCCCAUUGGUUGAGAAUGAGGAUUGGCUGGCCAAGAAUAAGCAUAGAGCGGACUGGGUCGACUGCGAGGUCGGUUACCUGGCACAAGCCUGCCAGGAACACAAUAUUUUAUUCGGGUAUUUACACUUCAUCUCAGACAACGUGGCACAAAAAUACCAUUACAAUCUUGCAACAGAGCGUCAAGAUGCUGUUAUAAGUGCACGGAAGGGCAUUUGGUGUGAAAUCCGGCGGGUCCUUGCCCUUCAUCUAGGUAUAAAGGAUUUGGAGGAGGGAUUUUGUAAAAUAUAG